AUGCCACAGGUCCUGGGCCCGGAUCGCUUUAGAGAUUUGCAGGCCUGUGGUUCUGAUGCUGCGCCUGAGAAAAGGAAGAAGGUUUCCUUUGGUCCGGAUGUUUCUGAGGCAAGUGUGCGCAGAAGUUGUUUGGCCGAUUGGAUGGAACUUUCAGUGAACUUGGCCCCUUCUUUGCGGCAAGCUCGACAUAGAGCCUUGCCCCGGGGGCUGCAGGAUCGCUUUUCGUCAAGUGUCCGGCAUUACUUGACACAGGUCAUCUUUCAAACAGGAAAAGCAGAAGCAAGCAAGGUACCAACUGGUAAGGCGCGCAUUGCUUUAACCUUAACUGUGUGGCAGGUCCAUGAAGGAGCUGACGGAAUUCUUGUCAGAGCUCAAGUUGUACAGGGGUGUUCUGGAUGCCCAGAUUUGCGAGAGGGCUCCUUGGUCAGGCUGCUUUUGCAUCUCAAGCAUCCGGUUCUUCAGGCGCUUCAGCUUCGUGCUGGCAUCAAUAUCCAGGUUGCAGAUUUCAGCGUGAUCCAGGCGUGUGCUGGCGGUGGAGCGCUUUUGUCUUCUUCAACAUCCGUGGCGCGUAAGCUCACAUUGUGGUCGCGUAAGAAAAGCGUAAGCAGGAGCGUAAGAAAGUUAUGCGACAUAGGGGUUUAA